AUGAGCAGGUAUAAUGAAGGGAAUGACAAGACACCAUGUGGAUCCGUAAGGCAUUUCCGAAGCUGGAGCCGCAGAAGCCAUUCUGGUCUCAUUGUUACAGGGAGAGAGGUCUGCUAUCGUGACAUUGGAUGUUUUACCGAUGAUAAACCAUGGUCAGGAACUCUACAGAGGCCAAUCGCCCGCUUACCGUCCUCUCCAGAAAGCAUUAACACUCGCUUCUUGCUACAUACUAAGGAAAACCCAGAAUCAUUUCAGCUGGUCAGUGCUUCAAGUCCACUCACAAUUUCAGCAUCGAGUUUUAAGUCCACCCGGAAAUCUCGAUUCAUUAUCCAUGGGUUUACUGAUGACGGGGAGAAUAAAUGGAUGCAAGAUAUAUGCAAGGCUCUGCUACAAGUGGAGGAUGUGAAUUGUUUCUGCGUUGACUGGAGUGGUGGAUCGCGCACAGUUUACACCCAGGCUUCCAACAAUGUCCGUGUCGUGGGAGCAGUAGUCGCCCAUUUUAUCGACACUCUAGUGAACAAUUUCGGCUACUCUCCUUCUCAAAUACACGUCAUCGGUCACAGUCUGGGCGCACACGCUUCCGGAGAGGUUGGAAAAAGGAGGCCAGGAAUUGGGAGAAUUACCGGUUUGGAUCCGGCAGAGCCCUAUUUCCAGGGAACCCCAAUUGAGGUCAGAUUGGAUCCAUCAGAUGCACAUUUUGUUGAUGUCAUCCAUACAGAUGGUUCUUCAGUCAUAGGCAAUGCAGGAUUAGGCGGUUAUGGAAUGAGUGACAUGGUUGGACAUCUGGAUUUCUUUCCUAAUGGAGGAGAGCGCAUGGCCGGAUGUAAUCAGAAGUCACCUAACAGAAUGAUUGACAAUGACGACAUGAGGGGAGGAGUUAGUGAUGCCUUUGCAUGUAAUCAUCUGCGAAGUUACAGAUAUUACACUGAGAGUAUCCUCUCCCCAGAAGGGUUUACUGGAUACCCUGCCGAUUCCUAUGAAGCUUUCAAACUGGGUGUUGGAUUCCCAUGUCCCAGCGGUGGUUGUCCUUUAAUGGGUCACUUUGCAGAUACAUAUAAAGGAGUCACUGGGAGAAAUCAAAAGUAUUUCUUGAACACUGGAGACCAAAAGCCCUUUUCACGCUGGAGAUACAAGCUAACUGUCCAGGUUAAAGGAGAUAGUAAUGUGCUGGGGUAUUUCCAGGUUGCAUUGCUUGGAAAAUCUGGAACAUCUGAGAAACAACAAAUUCACAACGGACACAUCCGCAUUGGCAGCUCAUACACGGCUUUCAUCGAUGUGGAGACUGAUGUUGGAGCCCUCACUAAAGUAAAAUUUUACUGGAAGAACUCCUUCCUCAACUUGUUUAAGAACUCAUUAUAUCCUGAGAAGAUCACUGUGCAGAAUGGAAACGAUGGCCAGGUAUAUUCUUUCUGUGGAAAGGAAAAUGUGAAAGAGCAAAUGCAGACGAUCGAACCUUGUGUCUGA